AUGAGUGAUGAGAACCUGAAGGCUUUAGAGCUGGCCUACCGCAGAUGCGACAUUGAGGAUAUUGUUAGUGCAUCAAUUUGCGCAAUGAGAAGAGCCAAGGAUGUUCGAUGGGGAAAUUAUAUCAUAAGCGCUCCGCCACCUUUCAACAACGACAUACACACUCUGGAAGCUUUGGAUCGGAACCCCGCGGAGGUGCUGAGGAAGGCAUUUCCUGAUGUUGAUGCGAUUUUCGAGAAGAAAGGGUGGAAACAUCUUACGAGAAUCGACCGAGUGUAUGAUUCAAGCAGGGCGGUGAAGGAACUAGGAUGGAAUCCAAAAUUUACAUUCGAAAAGACAGUGGGGAGAUUGGUACGCGGCGAGCAAUGGAAGAGUGACUUGACAGUGAGGGUCGGCAAGAAAGGUUAUCAUGCUGUGAGCACUGGGGUGUAUACAAAGCGAUGA